AUGAAGAUAAAACAAGAGUUAGAAACGGAACAUUCGGACUUUACAAUUGAAGGAAGCGAAGAAAAAUUUGAACUUGAUUUUAAAAAUUUCAAGAGAGAAUACAAUAUAGAUGUGAAGUGCUAUAAAACAAUUAAAUCGGAACCCUUAGAGCCAGUCAACAAUGAAUUCUUCACUCCGGACGAAGAUUUCAACAAUAAUGAAAUGAACAUCCAAAUUAAGGAGGAAGAGCAGAUUCAAGAAGAUAUUCUACACAACUGCGAAAGAGAAAAACAUUUUAAAUAUAAUAUCAAAACAAGCAAAUACGUUCUUUCCAGUAGGAAAUGCAAUAAAAUUCAUGAUAAGAUUAAAAGGAAAUACUUCAAGGUGUUGAUUGCAUCUCAUUCUAAACAAGAAUUUACGUGUGAUUUAUGUAAACAGACUUUUACAAAUAAGAGAAUAUUACAAACACAUCUGUUCUGUCAUAUUAGAAAGAAACCAUUUCGCUGCACAGCCUGCAAUAAAAAGUUUUUGUGGCAAUUUCUUUUGCGAAGACACGUGAAAGAACACAAAAGUGGAAAUAAAAACGAAAUCUCUCAUAGGAAUUUACGUUUGCAGCCAUCUGGUGAUGCAGUGAAGUCAUCUUCAAGAAAUGGUAAAGUUCACGCCUCCAAGAUAUGUGAAAAAGAAUAUAAGCUUAAAAAUAGUUUGUUACGUCAUAAACCAACGCAUAGUGAAGAUCGUUCUUUCAAAUGCGAUAUUUGCAAUAAGAGUUUCAAACGGAAGGACUGUUUAANAUUAAAAAUAUCUACAACCAGUGAGAGAGAUAAAAGGAAGGUCUUAUUACACCAAUGA